UGAGCUCUCGAAAUGUAUAACAAACGUAAUCUGAACAGUGUCUCGUUUCACCAUACAAUAUGUACUGUCCCUGCGAAGAAAUUAUUUAAAAAUAAGGUAGGGCCAACAGUUAGUAGGUUUUUCGCCGUAACGGCCUAUUUAUAGAACUUGGCUGGAAAACGAAACAGGUAAUGGUUUAUAUCGGCACUAUGUUAUAUAGUCAGUAUAGGCCUACAAAGGACAGGGCAAGUAAAGCUACCGCACACUGCUGUGGCUGCUGUAUGGGACAAAGUGAUAAAGGCUGAUAAAGACGAUCAUUACACAUUUCAAUCUUGAAUCAGUCCAAUGUUCCGAUGUUCCGGAAAGUAUAAGAACCUGGGAAACUACGGGACUUCUGGAAAGACAUGGGGAAACUGUAUAGAAUAUGGAAGUCGUACCCCGUACUAAAAAGCAUGUUAAGUUAUGGAUCCAUUUACACGGGUGCGGAUAUAGUUGACCAGAUAGUUAUUGACCGCCAUAAGAGACCAUAUGACGGCUUAGAGACGCUCAGGCGCAGCUUAGCGGGUUGUAUCUUCAUCGGGCCACUGAACUUCACUUGGGUUCGGAUUGCCGAGAGGAUAUUCUCUCCCAGUAGAACUUUUGUCGCCGUGGCUCGGAGAGUUUUGGUGGAACAGGUGGUGUUUGGCCCCAUUGCGAUCACCACGUUUUAUUGUGCUAAUAAUUUAUUCGAGAGAAGAAGUUUAAAAGAAAGUUGGGAAGAGCUGCACGAAAAAUUCUUUAAAACUUAUGAGGUCAGAUGCAUGUACUUCCCUUUCGUCCAGUUCAUCAACUACAAGUAUGUGCCACCAGACAGGAGGCUCCUCUUUCUCAGUAGCGCCACCUUCAUGUGGAGCACGUUUAUGUGCUAUAUGAAAAGUUUGCCAAUUCACGAAAGACCCGGAUGAUAUCAGUUUUUAUCACAGCCACAUAUGAUUAUUUUGAAUUUCAUAUGAAAAUUGAUAAAAUGGUUUAAUUUCAUGCUUGCACGUGCCUUAAGUCCCUUUUUAUUCAAUGUUUUGUGGAAGAAAGUUUAGCAUGUUUUACGUCAAAUGAUUUUGGAGUGAUCAAUUGCAACCCUCAGUCAUUG